AUGAAGUGCACAAUUACUGGGGGCAAUGUGAAAGCCCUGGGGAAAGCGGUGCACUCUCUUUCCCGUGUUGGAGAUGAAAUCUACAUUGAGCCUCUUCAAGAAGGGCUCUCCUUGCGUACGGUCAAUGCGUCCCGCUCGGCCUACGCCUGCUUCCUGUUUGCCCCGCUCUUCUUCCAGCUCUACCAGCCAGGGGAAUCGGAAUCUGACUUGGAUGCAGAUGGUUUCCGGUGCAAAGUGCUCAUGAAGUCUUUCCUGGCUAUCUUCCGCUCACUCCCCUCACUGGAGAAGACGGUGGAGAAAUGCCUCAUCUCGCUCAGUUCCCAUGCUAGCCGGUUCCGUGUGCAGCUGUACUGCAAAUAUGGUGUCAUCAAGACCCAUGACUUGUCAUUCCAGGACUGUGAAUCCCUGCAGGCAGUCUUUGACACAGGGCAGUGUGCUCAUGCUCUUCAUGCCCCUCCCAGGCUAUUGGUGGAUGCUGUGGUGCAUUUUCCAUUGACACAGGCUGAGGUGACCCUCAGUGCCAGCCCUUCUGGGAAGGUGACCUUGCGCAGUUACCUGGAAGAAGAGACAGAGCCCAGCCGGAUGAUGGUGACUGAGCUCUGUUUGAGCGAGGACGAGUUCCAGGCCUUCCAUGUCAAGGAAGAGACGCAAGUCACUUUCUGCCUCAAGGAAUUCCGGGGCCUCCUGAGCUUUGCUGAGUCCUCAAAUCUCCCCCUUAACAUCCACUUUGACAUCCCUGGCAGGCCAGCUAUCUUCACCCUGGAGGACCCUGUGCUGAACGUGCACCUGGUCUUGGCCACUCUGGCUGAGAGAGAGAGUUCACAGAAGAACAACAACAACAGCACAUCCAAGCCUGCUUAUGAUUUCGCCGGUGAUGACAUCGAUGCCUACAUGAUAGCCAUGGAAACCACCUGCGAUGGCGCAGAGGGAGCAGAGGCCCCUCCCAGCCCCACCUUCCCCUCAAGACGCACCUUUUCCGAUACAAGGGAGUUGGAAAGCGAUCCUGAGGGAACUGUGCCUGGCACACCACCACAAAAACGGUUCCGCUCCUUGUUCUUUGGGUCGGUCCUCAGCCCGUCACAGCUCCUGGUCCACUCAUGUACAAGCCAAGAGGUGUUGGCAGAAGACAGUGAGGGAGAAACGUGAGAGGUCCCCCAGCUACUGGUGCAUGAUAAGACACCUCUACUGCUAGAAAUAAGAUGUUUCAAGCUAAGCAGCUUGAGCCAUCUUUUGGGUUGGAUCCCAGGCUGCCCCUCUUCAGUUCUCCUGCUGCUCCCCAGAGAAUCAACACUGAAGUGUGUGGUUCUUCCAUCAUGGAGAAAAAACCUUCUGCAGAUAGAACAACACUGAGACAGACACAUAGAUCUACCUUCUUUGCUAAAGUAUUACUGCACGUCUUUGAAAGGGAGGUGGCUGCGAGAGAUUAGACCUUCCUCCAGUGGGUUUGUGGCUAACAUCCAUAGACGUAGAAUACUUAUUUUCUAAUAAAUUUUUUUAGAUGUUU